GGGAGGGGGAGGAGGGGUGCAUCUCAGAGCAGAGAUGAUAACGUAGUGUGAGCGCAGUAUUGCCUGGCCACCCACUCUCAUAAACUGGGCUCACUACAGCAUGGCAAGGGAGACUUUCCCUUUCACUUCUUCUACUUUGCGCUCACUUCGCCUGCAGCAAGAAUGGCUAGAAUGGGAAGAUCGGCGCCGGGCAGCUGCCUGGCAGCGCUAUAACCGAAGGUGCCCCCCGAGCACCCGGACCCAACUUACCCGGACUCCCUGCUAUUGCCGUGAUCCAGCUGUCCAUAAUGCCCUGUUUGUGGGUGAUCUACAAAGGAUCCAGGCCCUAUUCCAGGAUGAAGCAACAGCCAACGUGAUUGUGGAAACUGUCAGUGACCAGCUGGCAUGGUCAGCUGAACUGGGCCUCUGGGUGCUGACCCCAAGGACUAAGCAGACGACCCCAUUACAAAUUCUGGCAGCCCGAGGCUACACCAACUGUGUCCGCCACCUGAUCCUCCAGGGUGCUGAUCCGGAUGCUCGAAUCGGGGGGCAGACAGCCUUGCAUAAGGCCUGUGCCCAAGCCCAGCCAGACUGUGUAAGGUUGCUGCUUGACUUUGGAGCCAAUGCUAAUGUGCUAUCAGAAGAAGGCAUGGCCCCCCUUCACCUCUGUACUACCCCUGAGUCUUUACGAUGUGCUCAAUUACUGCUAGAAAUGGGAGCAUCUGUGAACUUGGCCUCAAGAGAAAGUAAGGUCACACCACUGCAUGUGGCUGCUGGUCGGGGCUUGGAAGAACAUGUAGCCUUGUACCUGCAGCAUGGGGCUGAUGUGGCCUUACGUACAGGCCAAGGUGAGACUGCCCUCAACUCGGCCUGUGCUGGGGCCGAAGGGCCAGGACGACAGCACGAGGGGGUGGUCCAGCGGCUCCUGGAGGCGGGGGCAGAUCCCCAGGCAGCCGGCCGGAAGCGUCACACACCACUGCACAAUGCCUGCGUCAAUGGUUGCGGGCGGCUGGCAGAACUAUUGCUGCAUCAUGGGGCAAAGGCUGAUGCUCCCAAUGGGGCUGGACACACACCCAUGGACUGUGUUCUACAAGCAGCUGAGGAUGUCCCUGACUGGAAGCCUGAGGUCCUCAUCUCUGCCCUGCUGGACUAUGGAGCUCAGCCUAUCCGGCCAGAGAUGUUGAAGCUGUGUGCUUCAUCUCCACAAGCCCUGGAAGUACUGCUCAAUGCCUACCCUUGUGUCCCACCUAGUGAAAACUGGAUUGAGGCUGUAUCCCCAGAGCUGUGGCAGGAGCAUGAAGCUUUCUACAACUCAGCCUUCCAAAUGGCAAACCAGCCACGUCGGCUCCAGCACCUGGCGAGACAUGCCCUCCGGAACUACCUCAGGAAUCGAUGUCGACUCGCUGUAUCCCAACUUCCAUUGCCCCCUGCCCUGAAGGACUACAUGCUCCUUCGGAUUGAGGGGAGUAUUCAGUGACCUUAAGUUGGGGAAAGUGAUCCAUAUCUGGGUCCUUUUUAUGGCUGUACUACCUUUCUCCCUUAGAGGAAGAGGUCUUAGAGAGCAGUGGUUCUCAGCCUUUUUAAGUUCAUGGGACUACUCAAAUAGGACACCAUGGAAAAUCUCUCUUUCACCCCUUACUGAAAAAAAAGCCACAAUUAAAGGGAAAGAUGCUCAACAGAUUUUAUUAAAGGUGAGCAGAUAACAUGACAAACAA